AUGGACGAAAAAGUCUUAACAAAUGAAACGUAUAGCUUGGCUCUUUUCAUUGAAAUUCUAUCUCAGGUUCCUCAUAUAGACGCACUAACGUCCGAGGAACUUCUUGCGUCGCUGCAAAUUGUGGAUGGGGACACCGUCCAGGCCAUUCAAGCACUCAAGGAAACCAGGCCCGACCCGACCCAGGAGCUCCGAUCUAUCCUUGAAAGUGUUUUACUUGCACUAAAAUCACUGAGAAAGAAGUCUUCUGUCGCUGCUCAAGCUUUGGAGCGUUCAGAGCGUCAGCUUCAUGACGCCCUCUCGAUCUUUUAUCCCGAUUUUGUGGUCGCAAAGGAACAAAGGUCGGACCCUACACCUAUCGAAGUGCAUUUUGUGCCCACCAGCAACCAGAUAGAAACGUUUCGCUUGGGAUCACUUACUGUUCCGCGACUGUUCAAUGGUUUGUGGCAGCUUUCGUCCCCAGCAUGGGGAUCAGCAUCGGCGAAGAUGCAAGAUGAUGCACUUAAAGGGCUUGUCGAAGCAGGCCUGACAGCAACCGACAUGGCGGAUCAUUAUGGCGACGCAGAACUUGUGUACGGUGCUUUUCGGAAUCGUUUAUCUCCUGCUAGUGUCCGCGACAAGGUGUUCGCCGCAACGAAGUGGUGCGUGUUUGGGAAGUUUACAGACGUUGUGACGCCUGAAUGGGUGCUCGCGAAGGUUAAAGAGAGAUCUAGACGGCUCGGAGGGCGCGUGGAGCUACUGCAGCUCCAUUGGCAUGAUUAUUCGUCCAAAGAGUACCUCGACAUCUUAGUCGAGCUUGUCAAACUAACAAAGGAACGACCCGAAAUCCUGUCGGCUGUCGGGCUGUGCAACUUCGACUCCGCACACACCGAGGAAGCGUGUGAAUAUCUUUUGUCCAAGACAGGAGAGUUCUCUUUGAUGGACUCUCGCCCACUUAUCGAACUGGCGUCCACUUGCACCAAGUACGACAUCAAAUUGCUCACCUACGGGUCUUUCUGUGGCGGAUUUCUCUCCGCCAAAUGGCUAGAUAAACCAGUCCCAGAAAUCUACGGAGACGGAGCCAAGCUCACCCCAUCGCAAAGAAAAUACUUCGACAUGAUAUCCAAUUGGGGAAGCUGGGCGGAGUUCCAGAAUCUGCUCUCUGUGCUGGACUCAACCGCGAAGAAGCAUGGCGUGAGCCUGGCAAACGUGUCGACUCGCUGGGUGCUUCAACAGCCGGCAGUAGGGGCCGUUAUUGUCGGUACGCGAUUGGGUCUGUCGAGUCAUGCCGAUGGCAACCUAGCAACAUUCAAUGUACAGCUGGACGCUGAAGACCUCGAGGCUAUUGGCACCUUAGCCCUGGGUGCUAACGGUGAAAGGAUAAAGAGAGUAUAUGAAAAGCUUGGCGACUGUGGUAAUGAAUAUCGAGCAAUGCACUGA